AUGAAGAGACUCGCAACGACCACGUCAACGACAACUACAGGGCGUGCUCUCGCCGGUCCUCUAGCCAGCGUGGCCGCAAUACCCAAGUUCAUGCGAUUCGUCAUAUCAAGCUCAACGUAUGUCUCAGAUUCCCAAAAUUCUUUGAUAUGGUCCACAGCGACAGAUGCCAUGGCUUCGCAGAGAUUUUUGUCUUGGGAAGUCGGCAACAUAAUAUGCAUUGCAUAUAUGAAUCUCUCUGUGGACCAGCCGAAAUCGAGGAGAUGGCAGAUGCUUUCAAUGGAGCGUUUUAGGAGGCCUAGUAUUCCCAAAAAGUCCGCAAUAGCGUGCACCACAGUCGGAUUCGGAGAUGCAUGUAAUUCCCAUCAUAGCGGCAUUUUUUGCAGGGCUGCACUCGAUACCCUCAUCCGUUUCACGAUGUCGGUAUCAAAAAUGUCUAAGAGCAUAGUUUCCGCCGAGGCCUCCUACGGGACUUAA